AUGCCCAUUUCAUGGGCGAUCUGGCGCGACACAUGGCAACUCCCCUACUUCUUGGCGUUCUGGGUAUUUUCGUUCGUCGGUGCCAUGUCGGGGCCGCCACUCAAUGGGGUGGCCGUUUCGGCUGUACCUCGGGCAUCUCAUGUCGCUUCGGCGGUGCAAUUUGCGCUCGCCAAUGCGGCCAAAAUUGUGGUACCCCAGAUUGGUGGCUACGUUUGCAGUGUCAUUGGACUCAUUGAUGGAUUCAACGUGACACUGGUGUCCACUGCCGCCCUGUUUGUCAUUCUCUCAUGGGCGGGAUUGAUGCAUGCGAUCCAAGAGAGGAGACAGGAGCGAAAUGCUGCUGUCUCAUUAGUGGUCUAG